ACCCAUGUCCGAAGUCGCCGGCGAACUCUGGCUGCUUCUAAUUCAACUCGCGCACAAAGUCAAGCGCGCCGAAGACUGCCUUCCACGGGUCCGAUCGACCGCUUCACGGGACAUGGUGGAGGACUUCCUCGACUCCGGCGAACGACUCUGGCAACGCUUCAACAAACUGUUGAAAAUCUGCGAGAACUAUAUGUGGAAGGCGGCGAAGAAGGAAAGUGGCAAUGCGAAGAACGUCACGAUGGGAAAGAACAGCGGGUGCGAAUUCGUCGAUGCGAUUUUUGGCCGGGAUCGGGAAUUGGCUCGCACCGAGAAGAUGAUGACCGGAAUGCGUCUGUGGAGCAUGCGGUUCGAUGCUAACUGCGAGGAUAUCCUGCGCAACCCCAGUGCGUAAGGUGGCUGCUGCCUGGAGUUCGGAGUC